AUGGUCCGGGGGGGCGCAGGGGAUGAGCUCCCCGGGUGGUACCUCCGGGAUGGGGACAGAGGGACCCUCUACAAGCGGGGACGGCUCCUGGGAGAGGUGGAGCGGGAGCGGGAGCUGCUCGGUCGCCUGCGCCACCGGCACAUCGUCCGCCUGCACCGGCACUUCACCGACAGCGGCCACGUCUACCUGCUGCUGGAGUACUGCAGCCGGGGGUCCCUCGCCGACAUCCUGCGGGCGCGGGGGAGGCUGACGGAGCCCGAGGUGCGGUACUACCUGCGGCACAUCAUCUCGGGGCUGCGCUACCUCCACGCACGGGGCAUCGUCCACCGGGACCUGGCGCUCUGUGGGACCCCCGGUUACCUGGCCCCGGAGGUGUUGGACCGCAAGGGCCAUGGGGUGCCCUCGGAUGUCUGGGCCCUGGGCUGCACCGUGUAA